CCGGUUCCGACCUGCUAGGUCACGUCAGCAGCACCCUGGCCAUGUCCUACCAGAGCAUCUUCGAGGAGCAGUGCCGCACCAUCGUCAGCCUCCUGCUCGGUGUUGCUGCUGCAGCCUUGCCCUCCCCGGGACUGGCGGACGGCAGCUCCCUGUGGCUCGACCCCACUGGGCCCGCCACCUCCACGCCACUGCACGCCUCGCCACCACUCCGUGAGUGGGCCCUGGACAGCGCCAGGCCCGCUGCCCACCCGAACACAGAUGCCGGUGAGGCCACAGCCCUGGGCCUGGCCCAUGGGGACCCCCGGGCUCUCCUGCCGCCCGGUGCCAACAGCUGCCCCGGCCAGUGCGGCCCUGCUCCCGCCUCCCACGGACCCUGUCCUGUAAAGCAGCCCAACGCAGCACCACACAGCCCCCGGGUGGUGCCAGGCUGACCGUGUCCCGGGUACAGGCUCCUCCGGCUCUGCAGCAACCCAAGGUCGGCAAGAGGCUCAGUGCUUCGGGAACAAGGAUCUCCCAGUCCCAAGGUACCAAGCUGACGCUGGCUGCCAAGUCCAGUCUGCAGCAUCCCAGCGGGGCUUCACAGCUGGCACAACCUUCCGCUGCUCCCAAACCUGCCCCCCGGGACACAGGGAUGAAAACUCCUGGCAAGGUUGUAGGUCGCAGACAGCGCUCCCAGAGGCUCUCUUCAAGGAUUCCUCUUCUGGCUUCUCGUUCCUGACUGUCGUCACUGGGAAAAGUGCCUUCCCACAAGCGCUUUUGCUCUGGGUCAAUGCUGAUCCCGGGAAAACGACAGGAGCAGGCAGUGUGUGCUCGGGCUCAGAGGAAGGACAGUGAAACGCAGACUGGAAAUGGUAGGGUUGACCAGAUGUGGGAGUCUGUGGAGCUGUCUUUUUUUAGUGAGUUGGUUCCUGGCCUGACUCCAGGGUGUGGAGAUGCAGUGGCUGCUGAGCAGUCUGCAGGUGAUCAGCUGUCCCAAGAGCUGAAGCGUGUAAGGAAUGAGCUGGAGCGAGUGAAGGGCGAGCUUGCUAAGAAGACCGCUGAGUGUGAAGCAUAUCACCAGACGAUCUCCUCCUUGCAGGCUCAGCUCAGAGCAGCAGGUAUGUUCCCUCAGCCCUGGGUGGGCUGCAUGAAUGCUCCGGUGAUCCCUUGCCAGUGUAACUGUGGGCUGCAGGGUGGAAGGGACACAGCUCAUGGCCUUCCCUGUGGGGAAGGUGAUGACUGCCAGGAGCAGCAAUGCUUUGAUGCUGCCAUUGCUCCCCAGGAAUCUGUCCAGAAGGCGCAGCAGUGGAGGAGAGUGGUGACUUGGGGAGUGACUGACAGCUAGCACACGGGGACACUCGUAGCAGCCACUUCACAGAAUCACAGAAUGUCACUUGUCUGUUAUAUUUGUGGCACUCUUGAGUUCAUGGGUUUUUCACUCCUUCUGUUUAAAAUAAAGGUGUCUUUCUGCAGUGGUGGUUGCUGUCUGCUGGGGCAGGGCCAGUGCCUGGUGCUGCCUGCUGCUCUCCAAAGGGCUGGGCAGAAAGGGCAGGGCUGUGUCCAGCUGUGGCUGGUUCUGCUCAGCUGGAAACUUGAGGUCUGCUGUGUGGAGAAGGUGGGUGCUUGGGGGAUGGAGGCACAGCAUAGCUCUGGGGAAGCCUUUUUGGACAAACCUGGUGCUUCCAGGCAGGAUGCUUGGAUGUGUGGGUGGUGGCAGACAGUUGUAUGGGCAGGUUUCUGCCUUAAACUACCUUCACACUGGAUGUGAGAAGAGCCAGUGCUGGCAGAUGGCACAUCGGGCUUCUGCAGCCGUUAGCUGUUACUUACCAUUUUACUAGCUGGCAGCUUGUGUCAGUGUCUAGGUGGUGGGGAAGCAGCACUUGGGACCUAGUUCCUCACUGUUCCUGCCUGUCAGCACAGGAAGCUCUGUCCUGCUGCCUUCUCUCCAGCAGGCUGACACAGACACCUUGUCGUGCUGCCUCGUGUCUGGGUGAGGAUUUGGAGAGUCCCACUGUUUGGCGCUGGCAGCCCUCAAGGCUGGGCCAGGAAGAAUGACCUCCUCCUGCUCCCCUGUGCUCUUGGUGGUGUUUCUGGCCACCCUGGUAUGCCGCAGGCAGCCCACACCCCUUCCUGCAGUGGCUGCCAUUGCCUGUGCACAGGUGUGGCUGUGUGGGGACACUUAUUCUGCUGUCUCCCACCCCUGCUCGGCACUCAGUCGCUGAGGUGAGCAGCUGCGGUGCUGGUACCAUCUGCAGUUUUCAAGAAGAGUGAUUACAGGCCUGUCAGUCUCGCUUCAGUGCCUGUUAAAAUUAUGGAGAAGGUUAUUCUGGGGGUUAUUGAAAAGCACUUGAGAGACAGUACAGUCACUAGUCAUAGCCAGCACAGAUUCACAAAGGGAAAGUCCAAAUUAACCAACCUAAUUUCCUUUUUUGACAAGAUCACCUGUCCAGUUGACCAUGGGAAGCCAGUAGAUGUGGUGGGUUUGGAUUUUAGCAAAGCUUUUGAUAUUGCCUCUCACAGUAUCCUUCUGGAUAAACUGUCCAGUGUGGGGGACUAUGGUGGGACCAUGGAUUCGCUGAUGGAGGGCAUGGAAACAGAAAUUAGCCUUGAAGAUAUUAAGGCCUGCCUGUGAGAGAGAUGGGAGUAAAGGAGUAUCUGGAGAUACUAAGGUGUGCUUGUGAGAGAGAAGGGAGUAGAAGAGUAACAUUGAUGACAGCAAAAUUAGCCCAUGAGAUGUUACUGCUGUAACUUGUAACCAAGAGUGAAGAGACACACGAAUUGGUAAAACUGUAUAAAAAUGCACUUGUGAUAAUAAAUCACAUCUACUACUUUCAUCCUGGAAGAUCUUGUCUAUGUUGUUUGUCAGUCUCAACGGCGACAGUUCAGCACCCCACUAGAAAAGUCCAUCAUGUCCUGGGUAAACAACUGGCUGACGGGUCAGGCCCAAAAGCUUAUGGUAAAUGAGGUUACAACAGGCUGGUGGCCAGUCACCAGUGGGGUUCUCAGGGCCCAAUUUUAGCACCAGCGCUCUUCAAUGUUUUAAUAAAUGAUCUGGGUGUGGGAAUCUCGGCUACAUUAUGUAAGUUUGCUGAUGAUGCUAAACUAGGAGAGGUAUGGACUCCCUUGAAGGUAGAGAGUCAGAGAUCUGCAUCGACCUGUAUGGCAAUGGUUUUUACUACUCACAGAUUGCUGAAUGAGCCCAAAUUAAGUUUCACAUCAGUUAUUUAGCUUAAGUAAAUGUGUACUAAAUAGAAUGAAUCACCUAGUAUCAUAAGGUUGCUGAAUUAUAAGGUCUGCUGAAUUUUCUGAAAUCUUAAAGUAUUUGCUGUGAAGUUCUCAUAUUUACCAAACUUCCAUCAACUUCGUGUAAACAGAAGCUGCUACACUGAACAUCUGUGAGAUAGAGCCUGUUUUGCACUUUGCUGUUGUUCAGACAAAACAACACCUUCAAGGCUACGAACUAUAAACAAUAUCUACAGCUAAACAAAAGAAAGGCCCAUCAGUAAAAAAGAAGUGAGAAAUGUGAAAAAGUGAGAAGCAAGAAGACCACAGCCUCAAACAUCGCUAUUGAACUAAAUAAUGGUGUGAGGGACAGAUGGAUAGUCUAUAAGGAUACAAAAAUCAAGAGAUUUCUGUGUGGGGGGGAACCUCUGCAAAGGCACCCAGCUCAAGCCAACCCUCCUGCUAUACUACUCCAUUAAAUAAUUUAUUUCUAUGAACUCUCACGCUGAGCGUUUGCUUCGAGAGACCUGCUAUCCAGACUUCGGAGCAACCUGACAUUGGGCCUAUGGAGAGGAUGGGAACAGGCUGAGAAUAAUGACUUUGAAAUCCUAGCCAAGCGAUAUAAUGAAUUGGAUGUGCACAUAUAACCCUUUGGCCAUAAAUACAUAUAAUCCCGUACAUGUUUUCCCUUACCCUCUAUGUCUCUUAGACUUAAACCGUUGAUUAAGUCUGAGGCUAAGUUUGGAUCCCACAACACCCACGCUCCUCUCUGAGAAGUUUAGAAAGCAAGGGGGUCUGUUAUGAACCUGGUGCCUAAACAGGAGGGCCUUCCUCUACCCUUGUGCAUCUCCUGUCCCCAUAUAAAUCCCAUGUAAGUCACAUAUAAAUCACUAGAGGGACAUGAGACUAUUAGAGCGUGUCCAGAAGAGGGCGACCAAGACGGUGAAAUGCUUUGAAGGCAAGACAGGAGGUCGCUCGGUUUGCUCAGCUUGGAGAAGGCUGAAGGGUGACCUCGUCACAGUCCACAGCUUUCUCACAGGGGUGCAGUGGAGGGGGAACUGCUGAUCUCCUCUCUCUGGUGACCAGAGAUAGGACACAAGGCAACUGAAUGAAGCUGUGUCAGGGGAAGUUCAGAUGGGACAGUAGGAAAAAGUUCUUCACUGAAAGGGCAGUUGGUCGCUGGAACAGGCUCCCCAGGGAAGUGGUCACAAUACCAAGCCUGUCAGAGUUCAAGGAGCAUCUGGAUGAUGUACUUAGUUCUGUGAGGAUCAGGGAGUUGGGCUUGAUGAUCCUUAUGGGUCCCUUCCAGCUUGAGAUAUUCUGUGAUUCUAUGCUCCUGUCAUGGAAGGUGAUGGGGUUCCAAGGGCUGAAUUUUAUCUGUUUCUGCAGGGCUUUUGGCCCCCUCUCUGGGCUGGAGCCACUUCCUACCCUCCUUGGUGCUGGCUGUUCACGCCCUGCCACUGUUUGCCUUCCUGCUGCUCCUGUUGGGACGUGUGCUUGGCUCGCUCCAUGCCUCUGCCUGCUCCCAGCCCUUGGCCUAUGCUGCUGGAUCAGAGCCCUGAACUGGGUGGAGGGGAGAGCUGUAGUCUGGGGGGUGAGGAUGUGGCACUGCCACAUUGGAUGUGGAGCUGCAAGUGAGGUCUGGGAGCGGGAGCCAUGUUUGGUGCCCCGGUGCUGCUCCCUGCCCGAAACUUCCUCCCAACAUCUGCUGUCGCAAGACAGUUUCUGGGAAUAGGCAAGUCUUGGUGUCAUUCCCCCCUCACGACUCUGCGUACUCAGCAUCUGCUUGGCUAGGCUGGCGUGUGCCCCUAUGGAGAGCCCUGAUGUGCCCAUGGUGCUACUGGUCCUACCCGAGAGCACCCUCAGCGAUGGCGACACCCGCGGUGCUGCAGGCAGCGGGGUUUUGGCUCAGCAGGUCCCUGCCUGAUACAGGCAGCCCAAGAAGCAGCAGGAAGCGCCCACACACUAAGAGCCACGCUGCGGGGGAUUUCUAGAUCUUGAUCUCGGGCUCACUUCCUUAGUGGGGAGUGCACAGCCAGGAAGGGGAGGAGGCGUGGUGAGCCACGGUUCAUUCAUCUUCCAGGGCUGAGAGCGUGAGGAGAGCCUGCGUCACUGCCUGGCAGUUGCGCUCACAGGAUGCUGCGCGAUUUCCCUCACCUUGAGGUCAUUUUGCUGAGCGGAGACUUUUUGUCUCCCUGGCCCUCAUGUGUCCACCCCCGGGGAAGGCGGGGUGGGCAGACACCCAGCGUGAGGCCCGUAGAGCCCUGCCCAGUGCUCCUGCCUGCUCCGCUGCCAACGCUGGAAGCCUGUUGCCUCUGCAUCCUCGGCAGCAGCGCUGAAGCAGAGUCUUGCUCGCGAUGCCAGCGAGGGGCUGACUCACCUCCCAGCAUCGCUGCCUGUUUGAGUGGGUGCUCACGCCAUGUGAACGCUGGGUUGCAUCAGGAGCCAGUUUUCUGUGUGGCUAGUCCCAGCCUGCCUGCUGGAGGGAAGGCUGCUGGCAGCCGCCUCGCUGCUGGCUGCCGGCCUGAACAGUCCUCCCAAGACUGGUGUUUCUUAUCACUUAGAGCUGCCUGUUGCUCCCGCAGCAGAGUUGAGGAGGCUGUAGCGGAGCAGUGCGGGCGUUGGCCGGGACCCCCUCCCUGCGGAGCACAUGGGGAUCGGGGCAGAGCCCCCUCCGCCUUGGGCUGGGCUCCGGCCACACUCCCUGCGUCAGGGCUGGCCUCCCCACUGCGCCCCAGCCCUCGCCUCGCUCCCAUUCCCGGAGUGGGAAGGCCGGGCUAGGCUCUGCCCCCUCCUGGCACAUCUAGGUUCGGCGGACCCUCAGCCGACCUCUCCGUGGCUGAUGCCGCCGGCCGUACGGUCCCCUGCCCUGGACUCGACAUUGCCGCCCACAGAAGUCGCACACCCGGGGGCCGAGUCGCGUCUGACCCGCCCCCCCCCCCCCCGCCCCGGUUCUAUUU